CUACAAGGAUUCUAACGGCGCUGACUUCGUUGUUCCUUUCCCUGGGGAUUGGAUUAUAACAUCUAAUGGCAUGCUGCAGGAGCAGCCGUUGUUUGCAAUAGAGCAGCAACAGCAGCAGAUGCUGCUGCAGCAGCAGAUGCAGAUGCAACUGGAGAUGCACCCCCCACUCCUGCUGCAGCAGCAACAGCAGCAGCAGCAGCUACAGAACAGGCAGCAACACGAAAUGCUUAGAUUGCAAAUACAGCAGGUUGUUGAGGGCCUCUUGGGCUGGGGACCAGAGGCAGAAGAGCUGCUGCAGAAGCUGCUACCGCAACGGCGACGCAGUCAGCAGCAGCUGCAACAGCAGCAUCGCCUGCACAAGCAGAUACUGCUCCAGCAGCUGCACGAGGUGCAGGAGUUGCAGAGGCAACAAGAACGCCAACACCAAGAAGAACUGCAACAACUGCAGCAACUGCAGCAACAAGAACAACAGUGGCAACAACAAGAAAACCACCAGCAGCAGCAGGAGCAAGACCACCUGCAGCAGCAACGAGAACAAGAUCAGCAGGUGCUUCUAGGACACCAACAGCAGCAGCUACAAGAGCACCUGCAGCAGCAACAACAAGAAUACCAGCAGCAGCUGCAGGAACAGCUGCAGCAGCAACAACAAGAAUACCAUCAGCAGCUACAGGAGCGCCUGCAGCAACAUCAACAAGAGUAUCAGCAGCAGCUACAAGAACAUCUACAGCAGCAUCAACAUGAAUACCAUCAGCAGCAGCAACACUACCAGCGGCACCUACAUGACCACCACCUGCAGCAGAUACGAGAACAGCAGCGGUUACAAGCACACCAGCAGCAGCACCUACAAGAAUACCAGCAGCAACAUCAUGAAUACCUGCAACAGCAACGACAAGCACACCACCAACAGCAGCUACAUGAACACCACUUGCAGCAGCAGCAAGUGCACCAGCAGCACCAGCUACACGAAAACCAGCAGCACCAUCAAGUGCACCAGCAACGGCAGCUACACGAACAUCAGCAGCAGCAGCAGAUUCACCAGCAACAGCAACUACGUGAGCACCAGCAGCACCAUCAAGUGCACCAGCAACAGCAGCUACACGAACACCAGCAGCAGCAGCAAAUGCCCCAGCAACAGCAACUACGUGAGCACCAGCAGCACCAUCAAGUGCACCAGCAACAGCAGCUACACGAACACCAGCAGCGGCAGCAAGUGCACCAGCAACAGCAGCUAUACGAACACCAGCAGCAGGAGCUACACGAACACCACCACCAGCAACAAGUGCACCAGCAACAGCAACUACAGGGAUACCAGCAGCAACAACUACAAGAAUACCAGCAACAGCAACAAGUACGCCGGCAACAGCAACCAGUGCAUCAGCAACAGCAACCAGUGCAUCAGCAACAGCAACCAGUGCACCAGCAACAGCAACUACAAGAUCGCCAGCAGCAACAUCAAGAAGAACAGCAGCAGUUGCUGCUGCUGCAAGAAGAACAACCGCAGCAGCAGCAGCAAGCACAGCAGCAGCAACAACAGCAAGAAAACGAGGAGCAGCAGCAAGAAGAACAGCAGCAGCAACAGCAGCAGCAAUUCCAAAGCCCGAAACAGCAGAAUCAUCCAGUUCAGCACUUCCAACAGCAACGCCCAGGGCGGAGGCAGCGAAAAAACCAGAGGAAGCACCAACAGCAGCAGCAACAGCAGCAGCGUCACCAGCAGCAGGCCCGACAGCAGCGACAACCACAACAACAGCAGCAUCAGCAACCGCAGCAACAGGACGAGAACCAGCAGCAAAUGCAGCAGCAGAGGCAGCAGCACCAGCAAAAGCUUUCUUCUCGUGAGUUGUGUGUACCUCAUAAUGGGCUUAACCCACAGCAUGGCUGCUGA